CUCUCACAAGCAAAGCCCGCACACUCCCCAAGUCCUCAGGCAGGCGAGGCUAGCUAGGUGUCUGUGUGUUCGUCCCGUCCCAGUGCUUGGCGUUGGGACGAGACGGUCGAGGAGGUCUCGCCGGCUUCGCGUCGCACGAGUCUGCCGCCGCCUUGGCCGCUGGUGAAGCGAGGCGCAUGACGAACCAGGACGUGGUCGUGUCGGAGAUGGGCAUUGCGGCCGGGGCGGCGCUGCCGGGCCCGAGGCCGGCGCUCCUGGCCUGCCGGGGUGCGGCCGCCGGCGCCAUGUCCCACCGGUACCUCGACCUGGCCGCGGCCGCCGCGCGUUCGGCAAGCUGCACCUGGGCCGACGCCAUGCGCGCCUCGUCCCCGACCCGCUCCCGCGCCGCCGCCGAUGUCGACGAGUUCACCGCCUGGAUGAGGAAGCACCCGUCGGCGCUCGGCAAGUUCGAGCAGAUUGCCAGCUCAUCCAAGGGGAAGAAGAUCGUCAUGUUCCUGGACUACGACGGCACGCUCUCCCCCAUCGUCGCCGACCCCGACGCCGCCUACAUGAGCGACGCGAUGAGGUCGGCGGUGCGCGACGUCGCCAAGUACUUCCCGACGGCGAUCGUCAGCGGGCGCUGCCGCGACAAGGUGCGGAAUUUCGUCGGCCUCUCGGAGCUCUACUACGCCGGCAGCCAUGGCAUGGACAUCAAGGGACCAAGCUCCAAUCCCGAGUCGGUCCUGUGCCAACCUGCAAGCGAGUUCCUCCCCGUGAUCGACGAGGUGUACAAGUUGCUGGUGGAAAAGACGAAGUCCACACCUGGAGCCAAGGUGGAGAACAACAAGUUCUGCCUGUCCGUGCACUUCAGAUGUGUAGAUGAAAAGAGAUGGAAUGCUUUGGCCGAGCAAGUCAAGGCCGUGAUCAAGGACUACCCCAAGCUGAAGCUCACUCAAGGGAGGAAGGUUCUGGAGAUCCGUCCGAGCAUCAUGUGGGACAAGGGCAAGGCCUUGGAGUUUCUGCUCGAAUCGCUCGGAUUCGCCAACUGCAGCGACGUCCUCCCGGUGUACAUCGGUGACGACCGCACCGACGAGGACGCUUUCAAGGUGCUGAGGAAGAGGGGUCAAGGCCUCGGCAUCCUCGUCUCCAAGUGUCCCAAGGAGACGAACGCCUCCUACUCCCUGCAGGACCCGGGCGAGGUCAUGGACUUCCUGCUCCGGCUGGUGGAGUGGAAGCGCAAGUCAUCGCCGCCGCCGCCGCCGCCGAUAAUGAUCCGGCCGCGGGUGUAGCUAUCUCAGCAGCAGCCGGUCGGUCGGCGGCGGGUCGACUAGUCAAUCGAUGGACCGAUCGAAUCGGUGUCCAAUCAUGCGAACAUACCCCACCACCACCAAAUUCCGCUCCCCCCCCUCCCUCUCUCUAACGAUUCUUAGCCCUUGUUGUGGCCUCCGAAACGGACUCGUGGUGGUUGCUGCAUUACACGCAUGUUAUGUUCUUCGAUUCCCUGGCCGGGGGCCCCCGUGCUGCGGCCGCGCCACCGAGGAAAAAGAGGCCACACACACAACAACACAAACUCCCUCCGCCGCCUGUGCAUGCUCCCGUCACUGGAAAAUGCCGGAGCAUGUUGUGGUGGUGCCACUGUCUAAUACAGUAACCAUGUCUACUCCGAUUCCCCGGCAAUGUACCACUAGUAGUACCCCCUCCCCGUGUUAUUUUUGUCUCCCGUCGCCUCCCCAUGGGUUUGGAAGGCAUCUGCGAAGCUACCUGCCGUCCUAGAAGAGAAGAACCUUUGCAAGAAAGAGAAGGUUCCCUUCACCCCAUGUAACUAGUAGCUUUAUAUAUAUAUUAUUCUUCUACCUAGGCACUGUUGUUCUUUGUACCAUCUGUGUAAAAUGUAGUAAAAGUAAGAUCCAAGUAAUGGGAUUAUUUUGCAAUUAUUUCAUGA